AUGAUGAAUCGUUCUGGUGAUAUUGACAUUGAAUUGAAACGACUGACGCCUCUCGAAGAUUUGCAGAGUGAACCUUUUGUUACAAUAAAGCAAUCUCUUCAACUGAUCGAGCCCAUCAUUGCCAACUUAUCAUCAUAUAUUAAGACAGCUGAAACUCGUUGUCGUUUCCCAUCAGAUCAUGGAUUAUCACAAGAUGAGUCCACUGCCAUAUAUCUUUAUACAAUGAACUGGCAAGACGAUAGUUUAUAUGCUGUGCUAAACGAAGCAUUGCGAUCUCAAAAAGUGAAACAUUGA